AUGACUCUUACACAUUGUCCCCCAACUACCUCCCUGCCUGAAAACACUCGAAAGUUAGGAGAAGAACAAGAUUGUGAAUACUCCAUUCUAGAUUUGGAGAGUGAGGAUGAGCUGCGGCAAGUUUGCUGUGAAAGUUUUGAUAUGGAAUUUGAUGAGAUAGCACUGAUGGAGGUUGUAUCUCAUUUUGAAAAAUUGGACGAAGUGAUAGUGAACAAUGACGAAGAAGAAGAUGAAGAAGAAGAUGAAGAAGAAGAUGAAGAAGAAGAUGAAGAAGAAGAUGAAGAAGAAGAUGAAGAAGAAGAUGAAGAAGAAGAUGAAGAAGAAGAUGAAGAAGAAGAUGAAGAAGAAGAUGAAGAAGAAGAUGAAGAAGAAGAUGAAGAAGAAGAUGAAGAAGAAGAUGAAGAAGAAGAUAAAGAUGAAGACGAAGACGAAGACGAAGAUGAUGAAAACGAAGAUGAAGAAGACGAAGAUGAAGAAGACGAAGAUGAAGACGAAGAGGACGAAGAUGAAGACGAUGAGGACGAAGAUGAAGACGAUGAGGACGAAGAUGAAGACGAUGAGGACGAAGAUGAAGACGAUGAGGACGAAGAUGAAGACGAUGAGGACGAAGAUGAAGACGAUGAGGACGAAGAUGAUGAUGACGACGAAGACGAAGAAGAAGACGAAGAUGAAGAAGGAUCUGAAAUGCUUCACGAGCUGUAG